GAAUCAGUGUGCUCACUGUCGACCAACAUGAACAGCACAGAGAAGCUGAAAAUCCUACUCUUAUGCGCUCUGGUCGUAUCGGCCGUCGCGGAGGAGACGAAGAAACCCGCAGAAUCGAAGGCUGAGCCAAAGGAGGAGAAGACGAAACGCGGUUUGGAGCUGAGUCUGGGCGACCACGGCUUCGGAGGCUACGGCCUGGGUGGAGGUUACGGUGGCGGCUUAGGAGGAGGUCUGGGCGGCGGUUACGGUGGCGGCGAGCACAUCUCCGCGGAGCACAUCAAGGCAGUCACGGUCACGAAGACCGUCCACGUGCCAGAACCGUAUCCGGUCGAGGUGGAGAAACACGUUCCCUACCCUGUCAAAGUACCCGUUAAGGUACCGGUGGACAAGCCAUACCCUGUCCACGUGCCUCAACCUUACCCAGUGACCGUCGAGAAGCACGUACCUUAUACGGUCGAGAGGCAAGUACCUUAUCCCGUGAAGGUACCCGUCAAGGUGCCAGUCAAGGUGCCUUACCCGGUCAAGGUACCUGUCAAGGUGCCGUACACUGUUUCGAAACCAGUGCCCUACCCCGUUAAGGUGCCCUUGGUCGUGAAGGAGGCUGUACCGAUUUACGUGAAGGAACAUGGAGGAGGAUACGGCGGAGGAUACGGUGGCGGAUACGGUGGUGGAUUCGGGGGUGGACUAGAAUUAGGUGGACACGAUUUCGGUGGUUACGGAGGACACUAUUGAAGCGGAGGCUUCGAUCUUAAAAGAGGUUCUUUGACCUUGGCGCGGCUUGCUCGACGAUCAGCCACCAAACACGAUUCGACCGGAUCGGUCAUCACGCGGAGAUCAUGAAGAGAUCAGACGAGUAUCACGAUCGAAGAGCAAGCCCGCCCGCUCGUAGUAGACGUCAGUCGAAUUGUACCAACCAUUGUAUUCGAUCCGUGAUCCUGAUUUGUAUUGUAUUAUAUGUUUUCUAAUGAACGAAUAAAGCGAUAUUUUUUAUACAUAACAACACGAUUACGUAACCUUGGGAGGAAGGGAAGCAUGCGUUGGCGCGGUUACGCGAUCGCGAGGAAUCGCAUCGAGACUUUCACCUAACAACGCCGCGUUGCGAGAUACACCUGUUUUACCGCAACCGAAGUGUCGGCGGGAAAAGGAUGCGGACGAUUUGUACGGUCGUUAAGGUAAAUGGUACCGCGUGAAAAUUAAUAGCCAGCAGCGGAAUGGACAUCGGUGUUACGUGAAAAUCUACGACGCGUACGUAAGCGCCGUUCUCUUCGAGCAAUCUCCGUUUUCGUCAUACCCGACUAUUCAAUCAUCCGCGUUGCGUCUUCCUCGAAUAUUAUUUGCCUCGACGAGGUUAAACGAAAGCUUUCUAACGACGAGCAAAUUAAAGUAGCGAUUUUGCGAGGCGAGCGUAUCGUUUCCGCGUGAAACGCUCGUUUCUUCCCCGUCUACGCGCGCGUCGAUCUGAUAGCGGGUAGAAACCGAAAGUGGCUACGAAAGUGGACGUACGAACGGAUUUUAAAAUCUAGGAAAGUGGGUUACGUCGAAAGUACACCACUCGGGAAUAUUACGUGUGCGCAGAAUCACAGAAGCGUAUAGACGACCACGACUCGAGCGUUUUUCGACGAAUUCCUUGCAAGAUUUAACCAUUCACUAUUUUGCGAGGAUGUGGUUUGGCGACCUUGUCCAAUGAACGGUAUUUCGACGAAAAAAUAAUCGGUGUCUAGUAGACCAAAUCGUUAACAAUCAAUUGUCCACGGUUUGUCUCGGCCACCGUGAGCAAAAAGCGUAAUUUAAUUCAGACGACAAAGUAGUCGAGCAACAUCGUAUUUCGGACGAAAUGAAACGUGAAAAGGGAAAGGCCCCUUUUUGAACAGGUAAUCUAUAAUCUGCGAUGAAACUGGAGUUUGUAGCUGUUCGAUAAUUGACGGGUCGUUAAGAUAUAAUAACUAGGUUGGUUUAUGUGGUAGCGACCGGUCGAGUUUUAAAAACCGAAACAGAUGUGGUUGUACAGCAAAUCCCGUUAUUUAACAUAGCGCAGCUGGCUAAUCACAUUUAAUGGUCUAGGAAGUUCGUAUAAGAACCACAGAGAUUUCUUCGAUCAAACGCGGCCCGCGUAUGGAUUACAUUCACUCGUAAAGUGGAACGAUGCAGAUAUGACGUUCGGAUCGUACACACUCGGCUGGGUCGAUUCCGUACCACGGACACCGUGUUUCCGUCAAUUGUGACGUAAACGUUCUUUAUUCAUGCGGAUAUUACAGGUAAAUUCGUGCAGGCGAACUGGGUAAUGUACGCAACGCGAAAUUUAAAGGUCUCCAUGUU